UUAGCCAAAUUAUUCUUAAUCACCAGAGUCAUAAGUAGGGUAGAAAUGGUUACCACUUCGUUCUCCCGCUAUUUUAUUUUCUAAUCUCAAAAUGAGAGUUGUAUAAAUAAAAACAAAGGUUUCAAAGAAUGUCUUGUGGAGAAUUUCACCAAAUUUGUUUUAUAAGUGAAAUUCUGUCAAAAACUCGUUCAUUUAACAAUAUUCAAUCCUGCUUUCAUCUUAUCAGAGUAGUUGGAAAAUUAAGAAAUUACUCUCCUGUUACUGCUCGUGGUGAACUCGUUGAUACGGAUAGCAAAACCCAUAUUUUACAUGUAGAUUUUAAAAACUGUCGUGAAAUUCCUUUACAUGUAGAUUCUUUCUAUCAAAUAGCUGGGCAAAUCACAGGCAAUAUUUUGAGGGCUAGAACUGUUAGAAACGUUGACGGGAUUGAUUUACAAAUGUAUAAGGAGGCUGUUUUAUUGAGACGUCAGUUUUUGUAGAAGAAAACAAGCGUGGAAGUUUCUAGUAUGGUAAUUUAUUUUGUGGUUUAUGAAAAUAUUCCUAUUAAAUCUUACCAACAAUGGCAAAAUUAAAGCAAGCAACUUUAUCUUCUCUAAAGGGUGUGGUAGUUGUGGAAGAUUUUUUGAGACAUAAAAAUGUGCUUGAAAAUGCUGUUGAAUCAAAAGAAGUUGUUUUAUCAACUUUGAGUUACCUAAAAAAGAAAAAACCUUCUAAAGAAGUUCUUGAAAAAAUUGGCAUAGAACCAAGUUUAAAAAUCUUGAAGAAUCACUGUGAUAAAGAUAUUGCUCAAGAGGCCAAAAAUUUAUGUGAAUAUUGGGAACUUGAAGGAAAUGCUAAAGUUCAACCAACAGUCGAAGUUCGAUAUGAUAAUUUAACUCGGCAUAUAAGAAGAAAUGCAUUAAGACUUUUUACUGAAGCUUUAGGUGGCCAAGAAGAUGAUGAAAAAAUUGCUGAUAAAUUGGAAAAAGAAAUUUUUCAUAUCACCAAGCGUUUGAUAUCCAAAAAUUAUAGAAAGACUGUACGAAAAGUUGUUUUCAAAUUAAGGCAUAAUGAAAAUGAAAAAAUUGCUUUGAAAACUAACAAAAUGACUCAAGUUGAAUUUGUUAAAAGAAUUGUUCAAUGAUUCAAUUACAAUACUCAAGAAUUAUUUCAUUGUUUUAUUAUUUAAUUGUUAUUUCUAUCAUUAUAGUUAUGUUGUUAUGCUUAUAUUUAAUUAGUAUAAUGACGGGUUAGAGCAGCUGCACUAAUUGCACCAAAUUGUUUCAUAAUGAAAUUUCUGUUCCAAUCUCUCCCCCCCCCNCCCCCCCCCCCCCCAUAAAAAAAAAACAUUUUUAUUGAGGGAAAAGUGCAACUUUGGCCCAAUUUAAUGCUGAAUUUGUGUGCAAAAAUCAGUUAUCACAUUUUAUUAAAAAUAUCAAAAUUGGAAAAACUAUGUUUAAGGAGUUGAAAAAAUAAAUAAAUAUGGAUUAAUAAUAGUAUCUCUGCAAAUUGAGCACAUAAGGAAGAAAUUUUUUUUUUUCAGGAUCUUUAUUUAUGUAGUUCAUUGUUGCGUUUUUAUUAUAUCCUUUCUAUUUAUUAAUGCAUUUUCUUUCAAAAUUUGUUAACUAUGUAAUGAAAUGAAAAUUUAUAUGUUCAAAUCUGCAUAAGAUUUUAAUUUUAGAAGUGCUUUGCUGCUCUAUAUAUAAAAAAUAUUUGCUCUAAUCGGCCCCAAAAAUCAAAUUAACUUGCUCCAAAUUGGUUAGAUUGUUCCAUCCCUGUAAUAAUAAUGAAAAAUGUUAAGAUACAUUUAUUAUUAUGAGAUGUGACAAAAUUCAUAUUUCUAUUUUGAAAAUUUGAAUAUUAAUUUUAAAUUUGCAAUAAACUUGAAAAUUUUAUAUUUAUAAAUAAAUUAUUGACAAUAUAACUAAGUGUGUUGGCUGAAAUUGAUAUAUUUGGAAGAAAAGAAAAUGUAUUUAUAAGACUAAGUUCAUUUAGAUAGAGAAGUUAUGUUUUGCUUAGAUGGUUAAUGGCCACAUUUGUUUUAUCAUUGAUUUUCACUAUGUUCCUAUUUUGCUUGCUCAAUUUUCCAGUGCAUUUUUUUACUCAAUGUUUUAACUGUUUGUUUUUUGUAACUAUUUCUGAGCCCAGUAGCAGACACAAAUGCACUACAAAUUUAUUUUGGUCUUGUAGACAAAAUAAACGAACCUUUAAUUUUUUUGCUUGCUGAAAAAUUAAAUUAAACUAAAAAGAGCAUGUUCUUAUGUAGAGUUCUUUUUUCUACCCAUCUUGCAGAGUUCGUGCUAUAGCUGGUUUUUACGAAAAAUUUGUAAGGGUGAGAUGCAAUUUUGGCAACUUUUAAGAGUAUGAGAUUCAAAAGAUUUCCUGUGUCCUGUUUUAAUUUUUAGAACAUCGUUUGAAACAUAGAAUUGUUUCAUUUUUUGUAAACUUUUAACAUCUCAAGCUUAAGAACAUUUUAUACAUUAAUUAGUUUACUUUGGAUUUAUUCAUUUAUUGAAAAACUUUUGUUUUUAGUGUUGAUUUAUUUCAAUAAAGUAAAAAUUAUUGAAAUCAAGAAUCAAUUUUACUGUAAAAGAUUUUUUUUUUCAGUUGUAAAUUUUAAACUAAAAACAUUUCUAUUAAUUAGAUUUUUUUUUAGCAGUAGUGCAGCUAUUUUCCUAUUGUAAGACAUUCUUGCAUUGCAAAAUGUAUUAACCCAUGAAGUGCAAUAUUUGUCUAUUUCAAUACAUACACUCUGAGGAUAAAUUUCUAGAAUCUUUCCAUGAUGUUGCAGAUCAAUACAGAGUUUUCUGCUAUUGGGCUCCAUGAGGAUUUUGUUUUAGGUAAAUACUAUUUCUAAAACCUUGAGGUACUGAAGUGAACAUCUUCUAUAUUAUUUUCAUUAUCCUUUUGUUUUAGUCUCAAAUCUAGUAUGCAGCACCAUGCAAUUUUGUUACAUCAUGUUAAGCGAUUUUCUAAGUAUUUUUAACUUAGGUUUGGUACAGUGUAGCUGCAUGUGGCAUUUGUGCAUUGUAAUAAAUUCAGCAUCUAAAUAAAUCUAGAAAUGACGUUUUUAUUUACUACACUAGCUACAUUAUUAGUGCAAUACAAUUAUUUUUAUUAUUAGUAGAAUUAACUAAAUUACUAAUAACAUCAAAAUUUUCUUUUAUGACAUAAGUUACAAAAGAAAAAAUUUUCCUCCAAAAAGUCUGCAAAAAUUAUUAAUAUAGUUAAGAUAUUUUGAAUUUUAAUGUAUGAAAUAUUUUUAAUUUAAUUUUGAAUGAUGAAUUUAAUUUUUAAAUUAUGUAUUAGUGUAAGACUGAACACUCUUACAUUUUAAUUAAAUUCUUGUACAUAAUUAUAGCAAUAGUUUGUCAGGCCCAGUAAGUGUUUAUUUUAUUAUGGAUGAAGAAAUAGUUAUGCUUUAAUGAUCAAAAGUUUUAUAUCUCUAAUUUACUGCAACUAUUCUGUUACCAAGAAAAGAAAGCUAAUUUUUGAAAUUGUAUGUAUAGCUAUUUGUAAAUAAAGUCUUAUUUCUUGUGUUA